UCUCUGCGGUGGCGCCCAAUCUAUGGAAUGCGCUCCCCAGAGAGGUCCGCCUGGCGCCAUUGUUAUUUGUUUUUCGGCGCCAGGCCAAGGCCUUUUUAUUUAAACGAUAUUUUAACAACUCUUAAUAUUACCUAUAGGUUUUAAUUCUGCAGCCAGGGUGUCUCCGGGUUUUUAAUUGUUUUAUGUCUAUGUAUUAUGUUUAUUUAUUUAUGUGAGCCGUCCCGAGGCUAUCAGCAAUGGGACAGCAUAUAAAAAUUCUAAAUAAAUAAAUAAAUGAGUUAAAAACCGAAAACUUGUCAUGGGGACAAAGGACAUUUCCCUUCUGCCUCAGAGACAGAGUUCUAAUUAUGCUCUUUUCUGUGCUUCUGCUUUCCCCCCAGGAACCAAGAUGGACGCCCCCCUUGAAGAGGCUUUAGAUGUCCUAGUAGAAACCUUCCAUAAAUAUUCCGGCAAGGAAGGCGACAAGUUUAAGCUCAACAAGACUGAGAUGAGGCAGCUGCUUCUUCAUGAGCUGCCCACCUUUGUUGGCGGGAAAAUCCACGAAGAGGGAUUUGAGAACUUGAUGAAGAAGCUUGACAACAACGGAGACGAGGAGCUGGACUUCCAGGAGUAUGCCGUCUUCUUGGCCCUCACUGCCUCCCUGUGCAACGAAUUCUUCCAGGAGUGCUCUGACGUGAGCAACCGGAAGAGGUGAGGCUGAAUGCCUGCGGGGCCUCUUCGGUGGUGACGCCUGCCUGCCGGCAGCUGCAGGAGCUUUUCAGACUGUAAUAAAGAGGCUUGGACCAAAAAUGCUUGUGUGACUAAUUCUGAGUCUGUGCAGUUACCAGUCUCUAGGCCAAAGGUCUUGUACCUCUUGCAACCCAGGGGCCAAAUUCGGUUUUGGAGAAGCUUUUGGGGGCGGGGCCACAUCCCAGUGGUGGGCGUGGCCUAAGGCCAAACAGGGUGGGGCUAGACUACCAACUGCUGUUUCAAGCGCACUUCUGCUUAAAGUUGGCACUACCAAGCGACGUUUUAGGAGAGGCGUGUCAAUUGUUGCGAAACGAAGCACACAAAGGCCAGGAAACCCCCAAAAGUGGUGGUUCAGAAACGAGAAGGGGGUGUGGAGGGUGGGCCCCAUUGCAGGGGACCGUUUGUGACCCCAGACGGGUUGGUUCUGCCCACAGACCUUAAAUUUUCUGCUCUCCCAUUCGAAGCAGUGUCUGCAAGUCAGAUCUGUCGCUUUUUGAGUGGCGGUUGCUUUCUUGGUUUUUCUCAUCUGCAUCCUGUUAUAGUAUCUUUCCAUGUCCAAGGCAUUUUCCCACCCCACUCAUGAAGAACAUGUGCCAACUGCCCGGGGAUCCUGUUUCCCACCAUGGCCGGGCAGCCACGGAGGAGCCCAAGCUGCACCAUGACCAGCAAUGCCUUCCACUCCAGCCCGUAGCUUUCCAGGAGUAUCGCGGGGUGACCACGUGGGCACUUGCGGAAAUAAAUCUCUGUGGCACCUGAACCACCUGGACGGGCUGGCGUUUGACUGCCCCUCCCUUGAAGCUCUCCGCCCGCGAUUAUUUUCUGACACCAAAUGCUUUCCAACCCCACGCCCGUUACAUCUCUUUUAAGGGGGACACUGGAUCCUUUCAAGGCCGGCAAAGGGGACCAAGAGCGACAAGCACUAAUCUAGGCUUGAAUUCCAAAUCUUUUCAGCACCGGGGCAUCAGCCCUGCUCCCCGUCGGUAUCACCAGCACGCAACUGGAUCCACCAGUAACUCUGAACUAAAUCUGGGUGUUACUCCAUCCUUAGUAAAUUCAUACUUCAGGUUGUUCCCAAACGAUAAAUACCAGAGAGGGCUUCACAAAUCCAGAACUGUUCGUGUUAGCUUAGGGAGAUUUUAAAAGGGAAAGACCCCCUCCCAAGGCACUUUCCACCCCAGUGCCCUCCCUGUAAAAUUCCUCUUUUUAAAAGAAAAACUUCAUUUUCAAGCUAUUUCCACUCUGUAUGCCUGGCCUCCCCCAUUAAAACCUCUGCCCAGCCACUCAGAAUUGCAAGCUAUGGUCGCGUUGACAAGAAUCCCUCCUUUAAUUUAAA